UUUUGAGAUUGAGUUUAAGAAUUUUGUUUUUCGGAGUUUCAUAUUACGAUUUUUUCAACGUUUUAGUAAAUUUUGAGUUUAGAUAAAGAAGAAUUCAGUUUGGUACGAGAAUGACAACAACAACAAAUUCAGUGCAAUCCUCAUUUUCCGCCGGUUUUAAGUGGAUUCAUUGCAACAUGUGUUUAGCACCGUUUUCCGAAGAAAAGAAGUUCAUUUUGACGUCAUGUGAUGACAUGGUGAUUUGCUUGAAAUGCGCCAAUCAGUUACGUUCAACUGAAAAUCCAAGAAAAAUACAGUGUCUACAAUGCAAAAGAGUGGUCAGCGCGGUACCUAUCAACGAAAACAUGCCACAAGACAAACGCGAUUUAUUCAUAAAUCCAGAUAUAUUAUUUGAUGAAUUGGAUAAAGCGUGUGCUGAUUAUGAGAUUCAAGACCGUGAACAAGUGGCAGAAUUGAAACGAAUGGAUGAUGAGGUCGAAAAUUAUAAACGGGAGCUCGCCAAAUGGGAAGGUCAAAUUAUGCACUAUGAAAAAUUGCUAGAAGAGGAAAAAUCAACGUAUAAAGAGGGAGAAUACGAAUAUUACCGUGAUCUGAUGUUGAACGUCAUGUCAGAGGAUGGAAUUGAGACGCUAGUCGCCAUGGAUACAAAAGAAUUGAAACAAAUGAACGCCGCGCAAAUGAGUGAAGCAAGUCGCCGACCUCGUCCUGCGCAGACUGUUUCUUCAACACCAUACAAUGCUGACGCUACAGGCUUAAAUGUGUUAGAUUCAACUGUUGAACACUCAGUAAACAUGAAUGUUGGUGCGGUGGCUUUGGGUCAACAACGUCGAUCAAGCCUUUCCGGCCGUAAAGCAAUCAAACGACCACAAGAAACAUCAGGACGACGCACUGCUAAUGAUCGUCGUCCAUCCCGUGAAAUGGUUGAUGGUCUUACUCGGCAUAAUUCUCGUGAGCAUACUCGCCGUAAAAGUAACGAAACAUCAACACGACGCAAUUCGAAUGAUCGUCGUCGCCCGUCCCGUGAUAUGGUUGAUGGUCUUACUCGGCGUAAUUCUCGUGAGCAUACUCGCCGUAAAAGUAACGAAACAUCAGUACGCCGCAAUUCGAAUGGUCGUCGUCGUCCAUCCCGUGAAUUGCUCGAUGAUCUUACUCGCCGUAGUUAACGUAGCAAUUUACAUAAUAAUCAACAUCAAUAUUAUUUAUAAAAAU